AAAAGCCACAACCACUACGCUCUGAAGCUCAGAGUUCAGCAAAUCUCAACCCCCACAGCAAAUAUUGAAAUUCCCGCCGCCCUACCGGAGCCGGACAUGGACGGUGGCGCCUCCGUGAAGAACCUGCUGACCUUCGAUGAAGCGUGGCCAAUUUUGCAGAGGGAAGGAAUUGACAAGAUCAUUCACAGUAUCGAAACCGAGGGACAACCCAUACGUCAGUGCUUCACUUCUGAAGAGUAUAUGCGUUUGUAUACUCCCGAGGUCGACAAAAUGUACAAUCAAUACCGAAAGACGUUUGAGGACUACAUUUCUUCAAAGGUAUUGCCUGCUUUGAGGGGAAAAGUAAAUGUAGAUCUGCUUAAGGAGUUACAGAGAAGGUGGAAAGAUCACAAAAUUAUGAAAAUGUGGUUAACAAGGUUUUUUAACUUCAUCGAGAGAUACUACAUACCGUUCAGAAAGCUACCUUCACUUGAAGAAAUCAGCAACUCGGCAUUUUAUAGUCUGGUGUUCUGUGAAAUGAAAGAUCAAGUUAAUGAUGCUAUAAUAUCAAUGCCUAAAAAAGCUUAUUACAAGCUGCAACCUCAGGGCAAACCUCAAGGAAUUAACAAGGAGCGCGAAGGAGAGAGAAUUGAUCGGGUCUUGAUGAAGGAAGUACUCGAUAUUUAUGCAGAAAUAAGUGAGGGGUCAUCUAGAAAUUAUGGAGAAGAUAUUGAAAAGGCAAUAAUUGAAGCCACAAGCAAAUUUUAUUCUAGAAGCACCUUAAACUGGACUGCAAUCAUGUCCAAGGAGGAGUACACGCGUAAGGAUGUCAAAUUUCAUUUGGCUCCUGUCACUUCUAAAAUAGUCGCACAAUGCUUACAACAGGAGAAAGAAAGAGUUUCAGAUUACAUGAAUGGGCUCAAAAGCAAAAACAAAGUAUUCGAGGCUGCACAAAAUGAAUUGCUCGACUCACGAGCAAGCAAUCUAAGGAAAGAAAAAUGAAGCUACCUCAUGAAGAGUAGCUUAAAACUGCAAAUUUUGUUUGAACAAGGAAGGAUAUAUAGUCGUGCGGAGAAUAUCUUUUGUAAUGUACCUAAAUAAAUUUCAUGAUUCGAAAGAAAUUAUAUCUUAUUUCAUGUCUAGUUUUGUUUGAGGUAAGAGAGGCAAAUCUGAAAGAAAACUAUGGUAUAAGUUGUAUUGUAAUUUUUAUUCGUUUGUUGCUAAUUGCCAUAUAACUUUCAACGUCCUUUCGACAUUAUUGCGUUUAUGUAUGACACAUAUGCGGAUCAUUUGCAUAAUCGUUCGCACUUUCUAAAAUAAAAAAGUUAACAC